AUGUCUAAAGUUCCUUCAGUAAAUAUGUCUAAUUAUGACAAACAAGGGUGUCUCGACGAGAUGUUUAAAAUUCAAGCAAACGCUACCCCAAAUGCAGUUGCCGUAAUUAAUAUUGACGGCUCAAUGGUGACGUUUAAAGAAUUAGAUGAAAUGACAGAUGUAUUGGCCGCCAAACUGAGGAGCAUUGGUGUAGGCAACAAUACGAUGGUCGGCAUCAUGAUGGAACGUUGUCUUGAGUACACCAUUAGUUACAUUGCUAUUCAUAAAGCUGGGGGCGCAUGUUUAAUCCUGGAGGUAUCGUAUCCAUUACCGCUUCUCCGUUCAGUUUUAGAGGAUUCGACUCCCAAAGCAAUUCUUACUAAAGAAUUCUUUGAAAGUCGAUUUAAAGAACAGCAACUAAUUUAUUUGGAUAAUGGUUGGUACGACAGUUUGAAGACAUCAGUGGAUAAAUCACUACUCAAAAAAGAACCAAAGGAACUGGAUGACUUAGCUAUUGUAGUGUUCUCAUCUGGUACCACGGGAAAACCAAAGGGUAUUCAAUGUCCUCAUCGCGGGGCUGUAUAUUCAUUUACAUGGAGACAUAAAGCGUAUCCUUACGUGGCUGAUGACAGAGAAGCUUGUAACGUAUUUUUCAUAUGGGAAAUGAUCAGACCAUUACUUAAAGGACUUCCUCUGUAUAUAAUUCCUGAUGAUGCUAUUUAUGAUCCUCCAAGAUUAUUGGAGUUUCUACGAAAAAAUAAAAUAACAAGAAUGUUAUUCACACCAUCCCUUUUACAAUCAGUCCUAGAUUACAAGGGUAUAAAUGUACCCGAAGGAUUCCAAACACUUAAACAAAUUUGGAUAUGUGGGGAAGUAAUGACAUCAUCUUUAAGAGACCGAAUGGAAAAAAUUGUUCCGUGGGUCAAAAUGUUCAAUUUUUAUAGUGUGUCUGAAUGCCAUGACGUGACUUGUGCUGAUGUUUCAAAAGCAAGUGACUUAGAACAAAGCAAAUUUGCUCCCGUCGGUGCACCUUUGCCUGGUGUUCAUGUAUUAAUAAUGGAUAACGAAUACAAUGUAAAAAGUAUAGGAAUAUCAGGCGAGAUUUACGUCGGAGGACCAACACUUGCAAUCGGAUAUUUAAAUCGCCCAGAAUUAACCGUUUUAAAAUUUAUUAAACGACCCAGUACAGUACCAGAAGAAUUUGGUGAUCGGUUAUACAAAACCGGCGAUUGGGGUUAUUUAAGAACUGAUGGAAGUUUAGAGAUUUGUGGACGAUGUGAUACUAUGGUUAAAAUUAGAGGCUAUACUGUUGAACUACAGGCUAUCGAAGCUACUAUUUUAAGUGAGCCUGAAGUAAAUUCCGUGUGUGUUUUAUCUAUUGGAGAAGAAGGCACUGACAAGUAUUUAAUAGGAUACGUUGUAUUAGAAGCUGAAGCAAACUUAUCGGCAUCAUCAUUAAAACAAAGAUUGAAGCUUAAAUUACCAUUUUACAUGGUUCCGCCAUUUUUCUUCUUCUUGGAUAGAUUGCCAGUUGUGGAAGCUUCUGGUAAAUUGGAUAAGUCAGUUUUACCAAAAAUUAUCUUGGAUGAAGCAAAUGGUAUUUUAGUUGACAACUUUAAAACUCAAACUGAAAAAACAGUGGCUACCAUAUUUUGUAAGGCUCUAAAAACCUACAGUCUUGAUGUUGAAGACAAUUUUUUCGAGAAUGGCGGGCAUUCAUUAUUAGCAGCUAGUGUAAUUGGCGAAUUAAAUUGUACAUUUGGAACUCAAUUCCGUGUACAUGAUCUAUUUCUAAAUCCCAAUGUUAAAGCAAUGGCAUCGUUAUUAGAUCAAAACAUAUCAUCUGCAUCACAUGAAAUUAACUUGAUGGAGGAACUAAAUAAUCUUAUUGAUGACUCUACUAUUUCAGAUAAAAUGAUUAGAUGGUUUUGGAGAGCUGUAAAUCUAAAUAAAAAUAAAUUCACUAAUGGUAAUGUACUCCUUACUGGGGCAACAGGAUUUGUCGGUGCUUUUAUUUUGCAAAAGUUAUUGCAAACUCAAGUAAACAUAUUUUGUUUGAUAAGGGAUUCUGCAGAAUACAAACCUUUGGAAAAGCUUGAGCAGACAAUGAAACGGUAUAAUAUAAAUGUCGGUUCUUCAAGUGGCCCAUUUUACUCUAAAGUUGUUGUCUUAAAAGGUGAUGUGUCUUUAGUAAAUUUUGGAAUGUCAGAUGAUGACUAUGAAGCAAUAUGUUUUGAUAUUGAUUAUGUUAUACAUGCAGCUGCUCAGGUUAAUUUAUUAUAUCCAUUUGGAGCAUUGUAUACAAAUAAUGUCAUAGGUACCAAAAAUAUAAUACAAUUUUGUAUGGAUGGUAAAGUUAAACCAUUGCAUCAUAUUAGCUCAUCGGCUGUUUUUCCUCAAGGGCUUAAAGAUAUUUCAGAGAAUGAUAACCCUGAAAACUGGGCAACAUUGCUCAAAAAUGGUUAUGGGCAAACUAAGUGGCUGGCUGAGCAGUUAAUUUUGAAUGCUAUUAGAAAAGGAUUACCAGCAUCAAUAUAUAGAUGUGGAAACAUAAGUGGAAGUAGAUUGGUAUCUAGCUGGAACUUGGCAGAUUUUACUUUAUUUAUAAUACAAGGUGUAUUAUAUACGAAUGCAUAUCCUGAUAUAAGCUGGGAGAUUGAACUAACACCUGUUGAUUUUGUUGCAAAUACUAUUGUGGAACUGACACAGAAUAUAAAUGACUCAUCAGGAAAAAUCUACCAUUUAGUUAAUGACACGUUGAAUUCAAAACAUUUAUGGGAAGUAAUGAAGGACGUUGGAUACAGUUUAGAAUGCGUAUCUUACAAAAAAUGGACAGAAAUAAUUGAAAAAACUUCAAUUCUUCAACCUCGAUUAGCUUCACUCACUUAUUUAUUAAAUUCUUCUGUGGAAGAUAAUAAUUAUUUCGAGAAUCAAUCAACAGUGAAAAAAAUAAACAUAGAAUCGUAUUUAGCUUCUGCCAAUUUAAAGUAUCCAAAUUUAGACAGUAAUGAAUGCCAUAGAAUAUUGAAAACAUUAGCUAAUUUGAAUUUAAUUCCACAAAUGGCCAUAACCAUAGGUUUAGAGAAAUCAUUACUAACACAGUCAUUGCCUUUAAAGUCAAAAGUUGUAUUUAUUACUGGAGCUUCUUCGGGAAUCGGUUACGAAAUAACUAAAACCCUGGCAUUAGCUGGAGCUAUAGUGAUUCCAACAGGAAGACGAAUUCAUCGUCUGAUGGAAUUAAAAAAGAAGAUAUAUUCAUUAGGGGUGACUGACAACACUGUUUUUCCAUAUGAAAUGGAUGUUACUGAUCCGUUAAAUGUAAGAACAGUGGUUAGAAAUGUUGAAGAAUCAAUUGGCCCAAUCGAUAUAAUGAUUAUAAAUGCAGGAGUAAUGUAUUAUACAACAUUUGAUAAAUUUAAAUUAGAUGAAUGGGAUGAAAUGGUACGAGUGAAUUGUAAUGGUAUGUUAAAUUGUCUUGGAGCUGUUCUUCCAACUAUGACAUUAAGAAAUUCUGGCCAUGUUGUAAACAUAACAUCAAACGCUGGUCGAAAAUCAUUUCCAGGUUUAGGGGUAUACUCAGGAACAAAAUUUUUCAUGGAGGGCAUAGCUAGUGCACUUAGAACUGAGAUGACUGAGCACAACAUAAAAGUCACCUGCAUUCAACCUGGAGACGUUAAGACUGAAUUAUUACAUAGGACUAGUGAUUAUGAGGCUUUAAAGCGAUAUGACUGCAGCUCUAAUAAUGAAAUUCUCGAGCCAUCAAAUAUCGCAGAAGCUGUCUUAUUUGCAGUUAAACAACCAUCAUUUUGUGCUGUCAAUGAAAUUCUAAUAGAACCAAAAAUGCUACCAAUUUAA